AAAGACAAAACACCAGUUACGAGUGGAGGAGAGAAACACUUGCUCUGUCAGACAUUCUACAGGUUUUGCCACAAGAAGGAGAGAUGGGUGUGUGGAGCUGCAACAUCUUUGUGGUGUUGUUUCUCUGUGGAGCUUCUAUCACUGAGGCCCAUCCUGCUUUUUUAUCUGAUGUGGAGCACAGAGGCCUUCAGAGACGUCUUCUAACAGAAGAUCCCACUGACAGUAACAUUAAUGGAACUGACAGGGCAGUCAAUCCAGAUGAGAGCUCAAAGACAGUGGAGUGGUCCUAUCUGGCUGCAGGACUGGGCACGGUCCUCACCAUCUCCCUCCUCAUCGUGAUGGCAGUCAAGCUUCGCCUCUUCCACCGCUUCCUGGCCAGCUACAGACACUCCCUGCUCCAUGAGGCCGACGGGGUCAGCCAUUACGGUCAAGAUGAUGAGUCUUACCCAAGCAGUGUGUCGGGCAGAAUGGGAGUGGUCCGAGGGACUGUGAGUGGGCAGGACGAAGAUGAUGACGGCUUCAUUGAGGACAAUUAUAUCCAGACUAGUGAGAGACACAGGGCAGAGAGAGAAAGAGUAGAGGAGGAGGAGGAGGGGACAGAGGACAGCGACGAUGAUCUUCAGUUCACAAUCGGGUGAUUAGAUAAAGAGAGACUAACUUCAGUCUUGAACUACUUACUAAUUAUUAUUAAACACAUCAUAGACCCACAUAUCAAAAACACUGUACAUAGAGGAAUCUUGAUUGUAGAUUUAGAGCGAUGGCACCCAUAUAUUCGUUUGGCAGUAAUUGAAUAUAAAAUAUUCUUAGUGAUGUCCUAAUCAUCUAAAUUGUACAAAUCGUUGU